UUUAAGGAGAGCUCAGAAGACUCAGGAGUAAGCAGUGAAUCUAGUGUUAACACAAUGGCUGUGCUGUGUGGGUUGUCGUUGAGGGUGUCAUGGAUUUCAUGCCUGUUGAUCAGCAGUGUCACUUGCCUCCCUUCACCAAGAGGCCAUGGCGCUCCUGCACCCAUGGGCUACAUGGGCUGGCUGUCGAAUUCUGGCUCUAGCUUCCCAAAUGCUGGCAAGCCUGACAGUAGUGCCUCUCUCUCCAGAGAGUCCGACCCUACCUCUGGGAGCAUGUGGCAGGUCCCUGCUGCUCAGAAUUCAUAUGAGAAGCUGGGCUCUGUGAGUGAAGGUGGUAGCUUCUCUGAUCCCCAGGCUUCAGGAUAUUUUAGCGGAGGGGAUGUGACCGAUGCUGGUGUUCGUGAUGGAGAGUACUACGCCCCAACAGAUUCCUAUGGCAGCUCAUCAACCACUUGGAAUGAUGCUAGCACUGUUGGUUCUGGGUAUGACAACAGUGGGUAUGCUAACGCAGGUGUAGGCUGGGUUGGCAGCCCCAACUCCUGGUCCACUGGCGAAGACGGUGGAUAUGCUGAGUCUUACGGUCAAGAUGAAGAUGAUGAGGAGGAAAGCCCUGAGCCAGUCCUCAGUGACUUAUCGGCCCUGGAGCCAGUCUACUCAUUCAGAUCCCGCUCGAGCUACCAGCGAGGAAUACGCCAGUUCUCCAAAACCCGCUACACUCCUGGAGAGAUCCUGUUUCCUCCUACGUCGGCUUUCCAGCACCGCCUUAUACGACCCGUCAAAUCUUCAUCCAAAGGCGGCCAAUGAGCAUCUUGAAAAGUAAUGAUGGUUUGCUUGAAAAAUUGAGUUGUGCCAAUUUUUGGCCAUGCUGCUUUGUCUUUUCCAGAUCUUCAGAUUUAGCCUGACUUGUAACAUCUUGAGAGAAAAAUAAAGUUGUGCUUCUGAGCU